GAGACAAGACAAAAUGUUCUCUCUCAGGGGUAUCAUUGCCCUUUUCCUUAUGAUCAACUCAAGUUAUGGAUCUGAAAUUAUCAAUGGGAGAGAAGUGGAGCCUCACUCGUUGCCCUACAUGGCUCUGCUGGUGUCAAACAAACCACACUGUGGGGGAAUAUUAAUUGAUCCAAACUGGGUUCUGACUGCUGCACACUGUGAAAGCAUUGAGACUGUGUUACUGGGGGUGCACUCCAUCAAAAAAGGGAAAAAAGAAAAAAUGUACCGGCAGGUCCGUAAGGUGAAGAAAAGUGUGUCUCAUAAUAAAUAUAAUAAAAAAACAGAAGUCCAUGAUCUCAUGUUGCUAAAGUUGGAUGAACCCGUGAAGGAAACCGAAUGGGUCAAAGUUCACCAGCUGAGCAGUGUUGUCAAAGACCCAGUAGCUGGCUCUGUCUGUCUGGUGGCUGGAUGGGGAGCAACCAACAAAACCAAAAUUAAAAUUAUGUCAGAUGUUUUGAUGUCUGCUAAAGUUACUGUGAUUAACAGAAAGAAGUGCAACUCUGCGGAACAUUAUGACAAUGACCCAUAUAUUACCAUGGAAAUGAUCUGUGCAGGGCCAGAUGGGAAGAAAAGUGAUGCCGACACCUGUCUGGGUGAUUCAGGAGGACCAAUAUUUUGUAAUAAUGUUCUAGUUGGAGUCACAUCUUUUGGGGGAUCCAAGACUGAGCCCUGUGGAUCAGUGAAGAGGCCUGGAGUUUACACUUUCCUAUCAAAAGUCCAUCUCAACUGGAUCAAGAACACAAUGAAUACCUCUGAAGCUGAAUAACUUUUCUGACGGAUGCAGUUACAUUUCUCUAACCUCUAUUUUCAUUCUUCCCUUU